AUGGACGACGACGACGGGCUUUUGCUUAAUUUCGCUACUCCAGACACAUCAGUCUCAUCAGCUUCAACAUCUUCCUCCAAAGCAAAUUCAAAAGUCACUGGUGGAAAAUGGAAAGAUCGUCGUAAACUUCAAUUAGCACUUCAAGGAAGAACUCCCAAGAAAAUAAUUGAACCUUCUGGAGUUAAUAACAUUCAUAUAGAUAAAUCCCGAAUCGAACAAAUAAGAAGACAAAAACAAUCAGAUAGUCAAACUAAACGUUCUCCACAGGUACCACAUCUUGGUCCACUGUCCAAAAGAGUUAAAUUCUCCGAAACAAAGGGAGAACAUGGCGGAAAGGAUAAUUCAUACGUUUCAUCAUUAUUCACCUCCAACGAACCCAGUUCAACCCUUACCCCAACCACCACCACCGAUGAUGGCACCGCUACUUCCACCCCAUCCAAUGCUCCAUUAUUAGAUGCAACAACCUUCGAAGGACUCGGAUUGAACGAAAAGUUAACUCAUCACUUAACAUCCAACCUUCGAUUCAAAACCCCAACAAAGAUCCAACGAUUAGUCAUCCCCCGCCUCAUGUCCCAAUCCUCCGAUCUAUUCGUCAAAGCCCAAACCGGAUCCGGUAAGACCCUUUCAUUCCUCCUUCCCAUCUAUCACGCCCUCAUGACCCAAUCCCCCGAGAUCGAACGUACCAGUGGUGUAUUCGCCAUCAUCUUAGCACCGACUCGUGAAUUAGCAACCCAGAUUCAUGGCGUUUGUGAAACCUUGAGUCGAACCUAUGUGAAAAUCGUGCCUGGGAUUGUGAUUGGUGGUGAGAAGAAAAAAUCGGAAAAGGCGAGAUUAAGAAAAGGGGUGAAUAUUUUAGUGGGGACUCCUGGGAGAUUGGCUGAUCAUUUUGAGAAUACCAAGACGUUGGAUUUAGGUGAGGUUAGAUAUUUGGUUUUAGAUGAGGGUGAUAAAUUGAUGGAAUUGGGUUUCGAGCAGACGAUUACCGAGAUUACGGAUAAGAUAUCCCAGGGGUCUAAGAUUAGGGUGAGUGGGAAUAAAUGGCCGACAUUACCUAAGAAGAGGAUUAAUGUGUUGUGUUCGGCGACUAUUCAGAAUAAUGUCAAGAAAUUGGGAAGUAUUUUAUUGGAUAAUCCGGAGAUGAUCACUGUUGAUACGUCACAUGUGAUUGAAUUUGAUGAACGGGAUGAAACUACCGCUCCUGAUCAAUUGAUGCAAAAUGUGGUGGUGGUGCCGCCAAAAUUAAGAUUGGUCACUCUUGCUUCCAUAUUAAAGAACAUCACCAAAUCAACUCCAACUAGUUCUUCGAGAACAAUUGUGUUUUUUUCAUGUUCAGAUUCGGUGAAUUUCCAUUUCGACGUGUUUACGAGAUCUGGAUCCCGGUUCAAAAAAAUCAAAAAUCAAGAAACUGGCGAAAUCACCACCGUCCUCGUCCCAAUCGAUUCCGAUAACGAUGCCGACGACGACUCUGACCCAGUUGAAGAAUCAACAAUCAUAACCGCACCAUUAUUAUCCCCCUCCACGACAAUUUAUAAACUCCAUGGAUCCCUUUCUCAACAACUCCGUACAACCACCCUUCAAUCCUUCACCAAAGAUUCCUCAUCCCAUCAGAUCUUAUUCUGUACAGAUGUGGCAUCUAGAGGGUUGGAUUUACCCAAUAUUUCCCGAGUGAUUGAAUAUGACCCACCAUUUAGUGUUGAUGAUCAUUUGCAUAGAAUUGGUCGUUCGGCAAGAUUGGGACAACUGGGGGAGGCGACUUUGUUUUUAUUACCCGGAGUGGAGGAAGGGUAUGUGGAUGGGAAAUUGAGGGUUGUACAUCCGAAAGAAGGUAAUUUGAAGGUGUUGAAUUAUGAAAAGAUCUUAGCUCAAGGAUUUGCCGAGGAAAAAGAGGGGGAAGAUGGGAGUGAGAAGAAGCAGAAGGAUGAUCCGAAGAGAAAGACGGGGAAAUGGGAUAUUCAUGCUACUACGUUCCAUUUGGAUAUCGAGAGAUGGUUAUUAGAAUCGACAUCAAUGCAUGAGAAGGCGGUGCAGGCGUUUACGUCACAUAUUAGAGCGUAUGCUACUCAUUUAUCUUCCGAAAGAACGUUUUUCAAUGUUAAGUUGUUACACUUAGGUCAUUUGGCUAAAAGUUUUGGAUUAAGAGAGACCCCCAAAAAAUUGGGGAAAUCAAUGGGGGCAAUUACUGAGAGUAGGAAAGUAAAGAAGGAAGAUCCAAAGAAGAAAAUGAUGAGAAUGGCUAAAAUGGCCGUAAAAUCAAACAGUAGUGAAUUUAACUAUUAA